AUGCAACAUAAAUACUUGUCCUAUGACACAAACUAUGGUCAUGAAACGCAACUUAUUCUGAUCGAUUCUGGUUCUGUGAUCAAAGCUUAUGUUAAAACCCCAAAAUUUUGGAUUAUGGAUUAUGAGGUGAAAUUACAGUGGGUGGCUUAUGUAGAUUACAGUGCUAUUGUAUUUACCUUAUCCUAUCGCGUGCUUUGUAUUGAUACAGUUAAAAUUAUUAAUGGGUGGCUUACACAGGUCACUGUGAAAUUCGAGAGUGAUAAUAGCGAAUUAAGAAAAAAUACAUUGAUCACAGAUGGGCUGAUGACGGUUAUGGGUAGAUUUAUCCAGAUAAUAUUCGGAUGUAAUGAUCCCAUAUAGAAAGACCAUAAGGAGAUGUCAAUAACAAUAACAAUAACAUUCAUUCUUAAACUGUGUAUGUCUUGUAGCACAACAUUCAGGGGAAAAUGUAGUUCUUAUUAAAGAUAGCUGUGGCACCUCAACGUGGCUGAUGUAACCUUCAUAUGUUUUCAUAUUCAUGUUAUUAUUUAAAUGUAUGCCUUAUACUUGUAUGAAGGAUGAUAUGAGAUCAAGCCUGUACAUAAAGUAAAUGAUCAGUAUUUAAUAUAAAGUACCAAUAAGAAUUAUAUUUAGGAUUAUCAAAUGGAAGAUUUAAGAAGUGUAGAUAGAGUCAUAUAUUAAGUAUAUAGCCUCGAUCACGACAG